GUCUUUGCUCUCUAUCUCCGCGUAGUUACCAUUUGACCAUCUUUGUCCUCCACUUUUCUAACAAACCGCGUAACUCGAGGGGCAUAUCCGUCAUUCUAUCCUCCUGCUCCUCUUCAUGGUCCCCAUUUUCCUGUUCUUUUCGGUGCAAGUAAUGAAGUAGCUUCCGCUCAAACAUGUCCGAAAACGGCGAAGAGAAAUUACUGGCUAUGGCGCGGCACAUAGCGAAAACGCUGGGCCACAACAACACCAUGUCUGACGAUAUUCUCCAAAUAUUCUCCAACUUCGAUGGAAGGUUCUCGAGGGAGAACCUAUCGGACAAGGUCGUAGAUGCGGAUCCAAGGGCCUGCGCCGCACUGGAUCACUCCCUCAAAUCUCUCGAUCGCCGAAUCUCCCACUACGUUUCCUCCGACCGUCCUAUCUGGGCUGACGCUGCCGACUCCGCCGCCUUCCUCGACGCCGUCGACGACCUUGUCGCUGCCGUCGCCGAGUGGAAUCACGUCGCCUCCGAUAAAGCCGUCGCCGCGUGUCUCGUACGCGCCGAAGACAUGCUCCAGCACGCCAUGUUCCGCCUCGAGGACGAGUUCCGCUCACUCAUGGAGCGCGGGGGCGAGUCCUUCGAUCUCACUCGUCCGUACCGGACCGGCGAGUCAACGGAGAAUUUUCCGUUUGACUCGGAUGAAGAGGACGAAGAAGUCGAUGAAGAAGCCCGGAACGGAGGAGAAGAGGAACAAAUUCCAGUGGCGCUACCGGUCACCGACUACGACAUCGUCAUCGAUGCGCUGCCGUCGGGGACGAUCAACGACCUUCACGAAAUCGCGAAGCGCAUGGUAGCAGGAGGAUUCGGGAAGGAGUGUUCGCACGUGUACAGCAGUUGUCGGAGGGAGUUCUUGGAGGAAAGCAUCUCGAGAUUAGGUUUACAGAAGCUUAGCAUCGAGGAAGUUCACAAGAUGCCAUGGCAUGAUCUUGAAGACGAGAUUGAAAGGUGGAUUAAAGCUUCCAACGUCGCUCUGAAGAUACUCUUCCCCAGCGAGCGCCGACUCUGCGACCGCAUCUUCUUUGGAUUCUCCUCCGCUGGUGACUUCUCUUUCAUGGAGGUUUGCAGAGGAUCGACGAUUCAAUUACUGAAUUUCGCCGAUGCCGUUGCAAUUGGAAGCCGUUUGCCGGAACGGUUGUUUAGAAUCCUCGACGUGUUUGAAACAUUGCGUGACCUAAUUCCGGAGUUUGAGUCUCUGUUUUCUGAUCAGUACAGUGUCUCUCUCAGGAAUGAAGCGAUUACGAUUUGGAAGAGAUUGGGGGAAGCAAUCAGGGGCAUUUUCAUGGAACUGGAGAAUUUAAUUCGCCGGGAUCCGGCGAAGAUGGCGGUUCCCGGUGGCGGACUUCAUCCGAUUACUCGCUACGUGAUGAACUACCUCCGUGCCGCUUGCCGGUCCCGGCAAACACUGGAGCAAGUUUUUGAAGAUUACGGGCAUCCUUUGAAGGAAUAUCCCAAACUUGAUGAUAGAGUGCCGUCGUCUUCUUCUCUAUCAGUGCAAAUGGAUUGGAUUAUGGAACUUUUGGAGAGUAAUUUGGAAGCCAAGUCCAAAAUUUACAAGGACCCUGGUUUGUGUUACGUUUUCUUGACGAAUAAUGGGAGGUACAUUGUUCAGAAGACCAAAGAUAGUGAAUUGGGAACCCUUUUGGGGGAUGAUUGGAUCCGUAAACAUGCUCUAAAAGUUCGGCAAUACCAUGUGCACUAUCAAAGAAGCUCAUGGAAUAAAGUGCUGGGGAUUCUGAAGCUGGAUAGCAAUGGAUCAUUGCCACCUAAUGGAUUAGCAAAGUCAAUGAAAGAGAAGCUCAAGUUGUUUAACACGCUCUUUGAGGAGAUAUGCAGGGUUCAGUCUUCAUGGUUUGUCUUUGAUGAUCAACUUAGGGAAGAAAUAAGAAUUUCCCUUGAGAAAAUCUUGUUGCCAGCUUAUGGAAGCUUCAUUGGGAGGUUCCAGAGUGUUCCAGAACUCGGAAAGCAUGCUGAUAAGUAUAUCAAGUAUGAGACAGAGGACAUUGAAGCAAGACUCAACGAUUUGUUCCAGGGAAGCAGUGGAUCAGCUGGUAGCAGAAAGUGAAGUUUUUAGAUUUGCUUGGUUAAGUCCACCUCCCUGCAAGGAUCAGCAAUUUUGUUUCAUUGGCGGGGAAGUAUUAGAAUUUUUCAAGAUCAUUUUUAUGUUAGUUGAUGAAAGAUAUUUUGUAAUUCCAAGGACAAGCUUUAUGGAAUUUGGCUUGAUGGAAUUUGAUUUGAGCCAACAAUAUUUUCUUUUUCAACUUUUGCUUUUGUUUUGUUGUAGCUAAAUGGGGAUAAAAGUUGGUUGUACGAAUUGAUUCAAGUAUGCUUUAUGGAGUGUAGCAUUACCCGUCUUCCUGAACCCUCUCCGCUAUCUUCUCCCUAUACUCUUUCCCUAAUAUGACACUGAAGUGAGAACGGAGAAGCCAAUGCUGAUUUCCAGUACUUAACAGUAGCAGAAAUUCUCAAGUGUUCAUUUAUAUUACUAUUUAAGAAUCUUAAAUUAAGUACGUCACUGCAUUAGAAAAUGUUCUGAAAGUUGGAGACGAAGAUGACCACACCUAGCACUUUGUUGUCCAGCUUUGUCUUAACUCUGAAUUCGUUGAAGUUAUGCAAUGCUGCUAACAAUUCGUAGCGUUUAUUAAUGGAUCAAAAAGUAAAAUC